AUUUUCAUAUCGGUUUUUAAAAUGUUUUAUCACUUUGCGUUAUCAUCACACUUUGAUUCGUAAUUUUCAAUUUGGAUUCUCGCGUAUUUACAAAACUAAAAUAUAUAUCUUAAUUACUCAAUAUUAAAUUAAAUGCUGGAUAUAUAAAAAUGUUGGAUACAAUAUUUAUCUAAAUAGGCUUUGAUAUAACGAUUUGUCAAAAUAACUUCACAAGUAAAAAAUGUGUUGCUCUUGCCUGAUGGUGCUUAUGGUUUACUCAUCAGGUGGCAAACAAAUUGCAAAUUAACUUAAUAAAAAAUAAUCGUUAACAUAAAUUAUAAUCAUGGAGUAGUCAUAUUCUAGCUUCUAGGAGAUUCCCUACGUAUUUUCCCUUGAUCUCGUAAGAGAUUCCGAUCUGAACAAAAUAUUGAAAUAUCGACAUCACACGUGGUUACAAUACCUAUCGAUCAAAUGAUUUUUCUAAAAGUCCAUAUAAUUAAGUAUUUUAGUAAUUAACAAAUAUGACAGCAUUACCAAUCGAUGAGCUGCACGAAUUUUAAUUAUUUCAUUAUUUUGAUCCCUUUAAGUUUAAUAAAAAAAUGACAAACCAAAAAUUUGUUUUUUCUUUCCUCAGGGGAAAAAGGUUAUAAAAGCAGAGCCCAAAUCGACUUAUCAUAACUACAAACACACAUCUUUCUCUCUUCUAUAUUCUUCUUUGGCUUCGAACUUUCACUUUUCGUUUCACUUUUCGACCGGCAAACGACCACUAGCAUGGGUCAUGAAUGUAUCGAUGCAUCGAAGGAGUUCAAAUUUGGUGAGGAUGUCAAAAGUGGAGUGACUGAGAUUGUUCUUGUUCGCCAUGGAGAAACCACUUGGAAUGCUGCUGGAAGAAUCCAGGGACAAAUAGAGUCAGGCCUUAACGAAGUUGGGCUAAAGCAGGCUGUAGCAAUCGCUGAGAGAUUGGGGAAAGAGGAGAGACCCGUAGCUGUGUAUUCAUCUGACCUCAAGCGAGCGAAAGACACUGCUCUGAUGAUCGCAGAAGCUUGUUUUUGUCCCGAGGUGACUGAAGUACCUGACUUAAAGGAGAGGCAUGUGGGUAGUCUUCAAGGGUUGUACUGGAAAGAAGGAGCAGAGAAAGAACCUGAAGCUUACUCUGCUUUCUUUUCUUCCCAAAAUGACCUCGAGAUUCCUGGAGGAGGAGAGAGCUUUGACCAACUUUGUGAGAGAUCCAUGAAUGCUCUUGAGCAAAUUGCCAAGAAGCACAAAGGAGAGAGAGUGAUAGUGGUGACUCAUGGAGGAGUGUUAAGGGCAAUUUACUUGAUGAUCACAAAAGCUUCAUCAGCUGGAAAACUACUUAAUGCUUCGGUGAAUGUUGUUCACUUCAAUGAGGAGAAAUGGAUCAUUGAUUCGUGGAGCGAUGUCUCUCAUCUCUCCUCCGUUGGUUUUCUCCAACGUGGUUUUGAUGGAGACUCCAAGCCCUAGAGAGCUAUCCUCUUCUCUAUGCUUAUUUCGAGCGAGAAAAGUCUUCUAUAUUCUAUAAUGUACUUCUUUGAUGUUUUCUGAUUGUCUUUUUUUUUUCCUUUGCUAAGAUGUGUUUCCGAUUAUGAGAUCGAUGUCCUUCUGUAAAAGUUUAUAUCUUCUUGUAAUUUGCAAUAAUCGAUUUAUAAAAGAUCUUUAAAUU